CAGGCAUUUUAGAGGGAAUCUCGAACAGAAAAGCAGUGUAAUUUAGUAUAAUUGUUGUUUGUGGUGUUGACUCCAGCUCUGAGCUGUUUAAUGGUGUGCAUGAGGACUUUUAUUACAGCUGGAGAGGCAGGUAGCUAACCUAGUUAACUAGAAAUGCUGAGGUUCUUCACCAAAGUGAGUUUUAGUGCCUAGGAGUGAUGCAGAGGACCGUGGCCGGCUCUCCUCUGGCUCCUUCUGUGAAGGUGAAGUUGAUCAGUUUCGGCUUUCACACGGCAGCAGAUUUGAUCGAUCUGCAACCGCCACAACUAUGCAAAGAAACAGGCAUCUCUCAGGAAGAAGCAGUGGAGGUUUUGCAGACAUUGCGAGAUGAUGGCCAGCGUGGCCAGCAGAGGGCAGCAGCAGAAAGCCUAACAGCCCUGGACCUCCUGCACCAGGAGCAGACUCAGGGCAGCAUAGUGACGUUCUGCUCAGAGCUCGACGCUGUUCUCGGAGGGGGGGUUCCCGUGGGGAAGACCACUGAGAUAUGUGGAGCUCCAGGCAUCGGAAAGACCCAGCUGUGCAUCCAGCUGGCUGUGGACGUGCAGAUCCCAGUCUGUUUCGGAGGUUUGGCCGGGAAGGCUGUCUACAUUGACACAGAGGGCAGUUUUGUGGUCCAGCGCGUGGUGGACAUGGCAGAAGCUCUAGUAGAGCACUGUACUUUACUGGCAGAGGAUGAAGAGCAGCGAAAAGCGCUGGAGGAAUUCACCACGGAGAAGAUUCUCUCCGGCAUCUUCCUCGUCCGUUGCCAUGGUUACGCAGACCUGCUGGCCGAGGCCUACCUCCUGCCGGACUUCCUGCUGAAGCACCCCGAGGUGCAGCUGGUGGUGAUCGACAGCAUCGCCUUUCCGUUCAGGCACGACUUUGACGACCUCUCUCAGAGGACCCGCCUCCUAAGCGGGCUCGCCCAGCAGCUAAUCCAGUUAGCCACCGAGCGCAGCGCCGCCGUGGUGCUGACCAAUCAGAUUACAACCAAAGUCUCAAAUGGCCAAUCAAAGCUGGUGCCUGCUUUAGGUGAAAGUUGGGGUCAUGCAGCUACACAGCGGUUGAUCCUGCGCUGGGACGGAGCUAAAAGGCAGGUUGGCGUCUCUCUUCAAGUCCCCGAGCCGAAAGGAGGCGACUGUGGAGUAUCAGCUCACGGAUCAAGGUUUCAGAGAUUCCGGCGUUCCAGCUGAAGCUCAGCCCUGCAGCCCCGCGGCGUCAAACCACAGCAAGCGGCCGCGCACGGCAGAGCAGCGCCGCUAAGGAACCCUCUCAGAACAGUACUCUAGGGUUCUUUAGUAAAGGGAAUGGUUCUAUGUAGAGCCAUGAACACUCAAAAAACCACUUGCAUGCUUUAAAGGUUCUCUGCAUGAUGAAAUGGUUCUUCAGACUGAUGGAGAAUGUGUUGUAGAUGGUUCCUAUAAAGAACCUUUUCGAAAACGGGCUCUGCUGUUGUGACAAGCUUGACGUCGUAACAAUAGAAAAACCUUUUUGGUGCUAUAUGGAACCAUUUUCAAAAAGGUUCUAGACUUUUAAAAAAGAUGGUUCUCAAGGGUUCUUCAAUAAAGACAGUGAUUCUGUAUAGAACCUUGCUUAAAUGGUUCUCUGUAUGGCGAAAUGGUUCUUCAGAUUAACGGAGAACGUUUUGUCUAUGGUUUUUGUAUAUAACUUUUUUUUUUUGAAAAGGGUUCUGUAUAGCACCAAACAGGGUUCUACUAUUGUUAUGAUGUCAAGCUUGUAACAGUAAAAGAACUCU